GUCAGCCAGAGUCCUUUUUUGCUUUUCCCUCACCCACGCCACUCCUUUGUAUGUGUUUAUCUUUGUUCUGCAAUAGCUCGUUCGAAUAAACCUCAUUCGAACAUCUCUACCGCUACACACGCUCGCUACGCUACGCUUCUCAAUUCAAACAUUCAACUCGAUAUAUCGCAAUCUCACCUCAUCACCAUGUAUCUCCCACGCCAGAACGCCGAACCACAAAACGCUGAGGAUCGCAAAAUCGGUCCCAUUCCUCUACCUCUAUUCAUCGCGAUUUGCAUCUUCGGACCCUCCAUGGUUUCAUUCUUCUGCUGGUUCAUAUACCAAAACACGGUUAAGCGCGCUCAGAACAAGAAGUUGCGCGCAGAACGUGAACAGGAGCGGAUCGCGGAGGAGAAACUCAUGGAGACGCACAUCAACCAUUUCCUCACAAACGAAGUACCUGCUGGAAGGAGAUGAAUGAGCCUUAUCUCGGAUACAAGCGCGUGAAACACGACUUCACGUGUGAGAACAUUUCAUUCAUUGUUUCCGGUUAGUUGUAACUAUUGUUGGGUCUUUGUCUUGUAAUCUGAUGGAGUUGGCAGGAACGUUGCUCGAUAGGAUUGCAGCUCUACUGGUAAUGCAGGUCGCUACUUGUUGUCGCGCGCGAUAAAUCAAUUUCUCUAAUGCCCUCAC